AUGGCGUCUGGGCUUGGAACUCCUGUUCGCGCCCAUAGUAGUGCAAGUGCAAGAAAGCGUCCAGAGUCAACACUACCUCCGGUCAUUGAGGACGAGCCUAGUCCGUAUCCCACGCAUCCAAUUGCUCAGCUCCAAGGUCCAUUUGAAGAAUCCAUUGUGGAAACGACCAAUGGCUCGGCAAAGGAAUAUGUCGUUGAAUUGGACGCGCAGACCCGGCGGCGCGAUCUUUUGGAGAAUGACGACUAUGAGCGUCUCUGUGGGAGGAAAUGGCGCCAAAGAGACUUGGAAAGAUAUCAUCCAUUCUGGAAAUUGAUCUCCCAAAUGGUCUUUGGAGUUCAUCUUCUUGGCAAGAAACUCGCCAAAUCGGAAGUUUCAGUCAUGAAAAUUCUCCAGACUCACGUCGACGAGCUAGAUGGCUUCUUGCAGAGGACCACGGAGGAUUUUAUGAUCAUUCGAUUGGAUGUUCGCACCCGGAUUCAAUAUCUCAGUUUGCCUUUGAGUAACCUAGAUGUCUUUGAUGAGAUGCUUCAAGAUCGAGCUUUCCGACUCUCAGUGGUGUCUUAUAACGAUCAGAUCGAACAUUCCAUCUACAGAUUCACCUUGGCCAUCACAGAUGCCCUCAAAGAUCUUCAAAAGGCCAAGGAGGCCAUGGGUGCCCUUUGGUUCUACUUUCGAGAACUUGCGGACGAGGGUUGCUUCGAGGCCGACAGCCUCAGCGCCUUUCGCCAGACCAUGAUGGACAACAUGGAGGGCUGGAUUGUGGCCAUCUCCAAGCUUCGUCGACGUGGCACUGCCCUUCAGAAAGCACUGAGUCAGUUGGGUCUUGCAACUACAGAAAUGCAACGCCGCGUAGGUGUAGCAAGCAGAAAGGAUGUGCGGUCCUUUGUUGAACAAAGUAAAAAGAUUGCAAGGCGAAGCAAGUCAGUCAGACAGAGACUCUUUGAAAGAGAGAGUCCUGUACCGGAGAAACCUCUCCCUCGCGAUCCAUUAUCCAAAUCACGGCGGACAUCUUCCAAGAGUCCACCCGCCACACCCCAAGAACAACCCAAGACUCCCGCAAAUCCAAAUCAGAGCGAUGGUUUGCGACGCAAGCUUCUCAGUCGGGCCAAAUCAUGCAGUGCUCUUAUAGGAGAAGCCCGCGCUGGCGCCGGCGACGCACCACCACCUCUUCCAUCAACACCGUCCACCCCCGGACUACUAAAACGAAAGCUUUCCAAACAAUUCUUACCCAAACGAUCUGCCAGCGAAAAGAUCGACCUCAAGCAAACCAGACCCAAGACCGCCCCGUCACAACCAUCAAGGCCAUCACGAACUCUUUCAAUAGAGCAACUACGAGCCUUCUGCACAACUCCACGACCAGUAACCCGACAAUCCAUGGUCAAAUCACCCACACAAGCACGACAAGAGACCCACAACAAGCUCACUAGCAGCCGAGAGAGCAUGAAAGACCAAAUCUCCCAAUUCCUGAAAAGCGACCGCGUGGUCGAGGCCUGGGAUAACGUAUCCAAAAACGCGUCCUGCUGUGCACGGCCACUCGCAAAGACCAAGGAAUGGCCCAGCAGCAUCUUCCGCACCAAGUCGUCUACUACUCUACAAAAUCAAGGCCAGAAUGACCUCUCCGGGCCGGACCUGGAAAGGCAGAUGUCAUGGGUACAGGAGACCUUUGAUGUCCUGCCUACGCACUCCUUCAAACCGAAACCCGAUAUUUCACCCCGAAUUCACGUCAUGUCUGUGCAGAUGACCCUGGAUGAGGAGGCUAAUGUAUCCCAUGGCCGAGAGCCGAGUUUAGAUAUGAGGAGUGAGAGUGGUUCGAUCACGGCGUUGCCGGCUGUGCCGGCUCCGCCGGUUCCUAUUGCACCGAUUAAUUUGGAGCAUCGGACACGGUUGGUGGAGUCCCCACCCACCGCCCAGCCCCUACGAUUACGUCGGACAUCUCAGGACAAGCGAUCUUCUGCUUCACUUCUCUCUUCCUUCACCCCCUUCCUCAUGGCGAUCAUUUACCCCCGAUACAACUGCUAUGAUGGCUAUGAUGGCUGCUACUCUACCUGGGACUCCUGGGGCCGCUGGGUGGCAUUCGCCGUGAUCGUCGGUGUUGCUUUCCUUCUCUUCUUCGGUUUUGCAUGCUUCAACGCACGCCGUCGCAGAACCCAUGGUCAGCGCCCUAUGACCGGCACAGGAUGGAUGGCGCCUCCCCCGGGACCUCCUCCGCCAAACCAGCCCGUCUACCAGCCUCCUUACGGCGACCCCUACUAUCAACAGAAUGCGCCUCCCCAAUACAGCGCCAACCCGCAGAACUAUGGCUACUUCGGGGCCCAGAACGGACCACCACAAGAGCAUGGAAUUGAAAUGCAACCCCCACCACACGCCUACAAUGGCCAACAGCCCUACUCGCCUCCAGCCGGCCCGCCCCCAAAUGCGAGCAAGGUCUAG